ACCACUACACUUCCGGGUAUGAGGUGAUUGAGUUAGUAGUGGCAGAGCAAAGCGGCAAGAGGAAGUUAUGUUACAGCUGUAAUUUUGUUGUGCUUCAGACGAGGCGUUGCAUACGCAGCGUCCCUGGUUCGGUAAAUUUAUCUGGGUUUUGGAGCAAGCAUCGGUCCUUUAUUUAAAGCCGCCUAGAUGCCUAACCUUGAUGCUGUGUCGCUGCGGCGUGGGCUAGGUCUUUGGGCGCUUCUGCUGCUUUGUGUCGGUUCUUUAUUACUGAGCCCGUCAGCACUAUCAGCGGAGAGGACUGGUCGGGCAGCAGCGACUGGCACCCUGGAGAGCAAAGAAGAGGCGGAGACUCUUAAUGCAAUUUUAUCAGACUAUGAUAUCUUCACACUGUCAAGUAUCCGCCAACACUCUUUGAAGAAAAGGGAUUUGGAAUCGCAAACACAUGUUGAACGUUUGAUAAGCUUUACAACUCUGGGCAGACACUUCAAGCUGUACUUAACAUCAUCCAGAGAUCACUUUUCUGAAACAUUUAAAGCUACUAUUGUGGGAAAAGAUGGCAAAGAGAAAGAUUAUCCUGUUAAGUGGCAGGAUUUUUUAAUAGGGCAUGUAGUUGGAGAAGAAGGUUCCAGAGUUCAAGCACAUAUUGAUGAUAAGGAUUUUAUGGCGCACAUUAUUACAGAUGAAGGGGAAUAUAACAUGGAGCCUAUUUGGAGAUUUGUUAAUUCAACAUCUGAUGAUAGAAUAUUAGCUUACAAAUCGGCUGACAUCAAAGAUUUUGGUCGCUUGCAUUCUCCCAGUGUCUGUGGUUAUAUUAAACAGGAUGAAAUUAAUUUGGACUUAGGAACUGCUCAAGAAGCAAAAAAAGAGCAUUUUCAUAGAGAGAAAAGACAUAAAACUCCUGCUGACCGAAGAAGGGAUACCUGCAAGUUACUAAUUGUAGCAGACCACCGUUUUUUUAAGCAAAUGGGCCGUAGUGAAGAAAGCACCACAAUCAACUAUCUGAUAGAAUUAAUUGACAGAGUGGAUGAUAUUUAUAGAAAUACAACCUGGGGUGGAGAAUUCAAAGGAUAUGGUGUUCAAAUAGAACAGAUUUUACUAAAUUCUGUUGAAAAUACUACUACAAAUGGUAAAAGGCAUUACAACAUGCCUGGGAACUACCCAGAUGAAAAGAAGGAAGCCUGGGAUGUGAAGGCACUCUUAGAGCAAUUUAGUUUUGAUAUAGCGGAAAAAGCCUCCAAUGUAUGCCUAGCUCACCUGUUUACAUACCAGGACUUUGAACAUGGAACUCUGGGUCUAGCUUAUGUUGGAUCUCCAAAACCACAGGCUCCCGGUGGCAUCUGCCCGAAGCCAUACCCGGCAAAAGGUUCAGCAAAGUCAGUGUAUCUCAAUACUGGUCUGACUACAACAAAAAACUAUGGAAAAACUAUCCUUACCAAGGAAGCUGACUUGGUCACCACUCAUGAGCUGGGCCACAACUUUGGAGCGGAACAUGACCCAGAUAACAUAGCCGACUGUGCACCAAGUGAUGACCAGGGAGGGAAGUUUGUUAUGUACCCUAUUGCGGUUAGCGGUGACCAUGACAACAACAAAAGAUUUUCAAGUUGCAGUAAGCAGUCUAUAUACAAGACACUGGAGGGAAAGGCUAAGGAUUGUUUCAAAGAGAGAAAUAACAAAGUAUGUGGCAACUCUCGGGUCGAUGAGGGUGAGGAGUGUGACCCAGGACUUCUCCAUAUGUCAGAAGACCCAUGCUGCACAGAUCAAUGUAAAUUCAGACCUAUGGCUGAAUGCAGUGACAGGAACAGUCCGUGUUGUAGAACAUGCAAGUUUGAGCAAGCUGGAAAAGUGUGCCAGGAAGCCAUCAAUGCUACUUGCAAAGGGGAGUCUACUUGCACAGGUAAAAGUAGUGAAUGUCCUCCACCAGCUAAUGCAGCUGAUGAGACUGUCUGUGUGGAUAUGGGUAAAUGCCACAAUGGAGAUUGCAUUCCAUUCUGUGAGGCUGUGAAGAAUCUUAAAUCCUGUGCUUGCAAUGAAACGGAUAACUCUUGCAAAGUGUGCUGCAAAGACAGAAAUGGAGUAUGCAAGCCAUAUGAGAAGAGUAAAGGACAGUUUCUUUUCUUAAGAAAAGGAAAACCUUGCACGGUUGGAUUUUGUGAUGGCAAUGGUAAGUGCAUGAAACAGGUUCAGGAUGCCAUUGAAAGACUCUGGGACUUCAUAGAAAAGCUCAAUAUAAACACAUUUGGAAAGUUUCUUGCAGAUAAUAUAGUAGGAUCUGUGGUGGUCUUCUCUCUUGCUUUCUGGAUCCCACUUAGUAUUCUUGUUCAUUGUGUGGACAAAAGACUUGAUAAGCAGUAUGAGGAAAACACAAAGUCCCUUUUUUAUCCUAGUAAUGCAGAGAUGGAUUCUGCUUCUGUCCGAAUUGUGAAGCUUCCUUCUCAGUCAGCUAACAGAUUUCAAGCACCACCCAUCCAGCCAUUAGCUGUGGUUCCCCCUACUGUUCCAGCAGGACCAAAAAUUGAUCAUCCUCGGAUGGCUACAAUUCAGGAGGACCCUAGCAGUGACUCUCACAUUGAUGAAGAUGUAUUGGAUGAGGACUUCCAAAACAGUGGUACAGUUGCCAAGUCCUUUGAAGACCUCACUGAAAACCCAGUUGCCCGAAGUGAAAAGGCCAUGUCUUUCAGAUUGCAGAGGCAAGCCCGUAUUGAUAGCAAAGAGACAGAAUGCUAGUCAAGUAUGUUCAUUCUGUUCUCCUUUUGAAGACACUUAAAUAUUUUAACACAAAAAAUGUGUGUUAGUAUUAUGGAAAGAUACAUUUUAUUUCUUUCAAAUGUGCUAACUUUUGUAAGGAAAUCAAAAUUAUGACAUAAAAAAAAUAAAGUUCUUUUCAGAUCUUAGAAGUAUGAGGUGAAAGGGAAGAAACAAUUUUAUCAGAAUAUGUUCAGUUGAGGUCAUAGCAGACUACUAUACUAUUGUACAGGCAACUAAUGAAAGAUAUUUUUUUUCCCCAUGUCUUGCACAUAAUUAUAACAUAGGAACUUUUGAACAUUGUUAUCUUCUCAUGCAGUGAAAUCAAAGAGCUAUUUUAAUUGUUCACCUAAAAAGGUUCAUACAGGAGAUGUAGGUAAAAUAGCUAAUUUUCUUUGCUGUAUUUUCAGUUUACAUCUAAAAUGUUAAAAGAGAACCAGCAUUACAUCAUCCUGUAGAAAAAUUACAUCACCAAGGGGAAAGUAAAAAAGCUUCCCCACUGAAAAAAUCUUUUAAUUUUAUACCUCACUGUUAAGAUGCAUAUCAUCUCUUUUCAUUAGCAACUAGUAAAUUGCACAAGUAUUUAAAAGAGAUAGUGAUAGUGAAAAUAAAAGCCACUAUUUGUUUCUUAAAUAUUUAGCGAGCUACAUAAGGGAAAAGAUUAAACAUUUUUGAAAAGAGGAAAAACUGCUGCCAAGAAAAACGCUGAAUGAAUACUGCUGUAAAAACUGUGAGACUAUCUAUACACUUUUAACCUUUUUCCUGUGCAGGAGCAUGUUGUUUGCAUUAAAUGUAAUGUACUCUUUGGUAAGUCUGGUCAGCAUGUUUUUAUACUGCUUUUUAUGUGUAUAAUAUAUUUUCACAAAGGUGAAUUCUUUUUGUAAUUAAUUGAAAAAGUAGGUGAUGGUCUAGCUUUAAUACAGUGCAAUAUGCAAGUUGUCUAAAAUAUGUGUUGUUUGCAAGCUGUGAAGUAAAACAAGCUAAUUGUCAAUACAGUGCCUUUUUCUAUCUCAUUUCAGAAUCUUCUUUAUAAAUGUGUUAAAAAGUCACGCAAAAUACUUUAAUUAUAUAGGUUUUGGCAGAACAAGUAUUUCUUGAACACGUGUAUUUUUUACUUGUUUUGUUUAAACCUUUUUUUAGUAAAUUAAGUUUAUGUCAGUAGUUAUAUCAAGUUACAUUUAUGAAUGCUAAUUUUAAAGAAAACUUUGUUUCAGUAGCAAAUUACAUGUGCACUCAAAGCAGCUUGCAAAUCUAAAAUCAAACUGCAUAUUGUCCAUAAUGAAUGUUGUAUAGUAUUGAACUGAAUCUGUUACUUCAUUUUCUACAAAAAAAGGCUUUUGUAUUUUAUUGUGCCUUAAAUGUUGUGGAUGUUUCACUGUAUUUGUCUUGUUAAUUAUUACUUUGAAAAGAUCUUGCUUGGGCCACUUGCCUUAAACCUAGUGUACAGUACUUUAAAUUUACCUACCAGUUACUUUUGCUUGGACCAGUGCUGUUUUGGAAGCCUGCACCAGAAACUAAGUUCAAGGCAUCUAGCAGUGCACAGAUAAUCACUGUCUGCAACAUUUUCACUAAAAAUGUCUUUUAGGGAAGAAAUUGUAACUUGACAUUUGCCUUAUGGUAUUUUUAGUUUAACACUAUUUUGUAAAAACCCUUCUUUAAUGAGUUGACUCUGCCUUAAUCCAACUUUUUAAAAUAUUUUCUUUUGUAUUAACAAAACAUGCUAUAUUAUUAAAACUUUUGUAUGUUU